CGGAUCAGGUCUGUUGCAUGCUGCUGCGUAGUUUUUAGUAGAAACUAAAUCCCCUCAGUGCCUCUGGAGAAGCGAGGAGGAGAGGAGAGCGCGUAACGGACAUCACGAAGCAGGGUUUGGGUGUGGAGAGGAGCAGAUAACCGCCCGGUUCACAGCAGAGCCAGGUAUGUUUUUCCGUUUCCAAGGACUGCCUUUGCUGAUGUCACCGCGGAGGAGGGCAGGAGAGGAGGACAGGUGCGCACAGUAAAGUUGACUCUCCGUGAGGCUCGGACGAGGAGCUGUCACUGAGCCGAGGAUUGCGCAAAAAAACGUUUUAGAAAUCAGUUUCUGAAGUUUUUCUGCAUUUACUCUUUAAAGAAGUUUUCCCUCCUGGGUGGUGUUAUCAGUCUGAAGUGGAAUAUAUCGCCUCUCCACGCGUUUGGAGCUGACAGGCUCUCCGGUGCGCACGAACUGCGGGGCUCACAGGAUCCCGUCCUGCUGUGUGACAUCGUGGUUUAACUGUGGAGGAAGCUGCUGCUGUUCUUUAAGUGCACAUCAGCGUGAACUGGGGUGUGGGAUCGAGACGCCCCAGCAUCAGAAGCAGCACUUUCCGCUUCAAUGCGACACUGACGCAGCUGAUCUCGCAUCCCAGUCGCAGACAGGUGAUGCUCGAGUAAAUUCAAUGGGAGGAUCGCUCAUCGGCAGAGGGAGUUUGAUUUAAAACACAGACUUGUUCACUCUGGGAUGGAAUACAACACCAGGAAUCAGCCCCAACUUCUUUAAUCUGCGAUGAUUUUCCCAUGCGUCAUUGCGUCUUAGGAGCAGAAGCGGAUCUUGUGUUGAAGGACAAUCGUUCUUGGACUUCGCCUCCAGGUUCACGAGAGCUACACCAACAAUGUCCAAGACACUGAAGAAGAAGAAGCACUGGUCCUCUAAAGUGCAGGAGUGCACCCUGUCGUGGGGGGGAUCCGGGGAGUUGGUCACGGUGGUUGAGGUGCGAGGCGGCGCGGAGCUGGGAGAGUUCCCCCACCUCGGACACAUAGUUUCGGAGGCGAUGGUUUGCCACGCCGGGAGGUUUCCCUGCAGCGGGGACGUGCUGCUGGAGGUGAACGGCACUCCGGUGAGCGGACUCACCAACCGAGACACACUGGCUGUCAUCCGCCACUUUCGGGAGCCCAUCCGCCUGAAGACUGUGAAACCAGGUAAGGUGUUGAACACUGAUUUGCGUCACUACCUCAGCCUGCAGUUUCAGAAGGGCUCCCUGGACCAUAAACUCCAGCAGGUGAUCAGAGACAACCUGUACCUGCGCACCAUUCCCUGUACCACUCGGCUACCCAGAGAGGGGGAAGUUCCCGGAGUGGACUACAAUUUCAUCAGUGUGGGGGACUUCCGUGACCUGGAAGAAAGUGGAUUGCUGCUGGAGAGUGGCACCUAUGAUGGUAACUACUAUGGGACCCCUAAACCUCCUGCAGAGCCCAGCCCCGUGCAGCCUGACUUGGUGGACCAGGUUCUGUUUGAUGAGGAAUUUGACACGGAGGUCCAGCGAAAACGCACAACCUCCGUCAGUAAGAUGGACAGAAAGGACAGCGCCGCGCCAGAGGAGGAAGACGAAGAAGACAGGCCUCCUAUGGUCAACGGCCUGGCUGAGCACAAGGACAAGGCGGAGUGGAGGAAGACGGUGCCCAGCUACAACCAGUCCGCCGGGGCUAUGGACUUGCGUGUAUGGAACACUCAGGAUGAAAGUCAGGAGCCCUUGCCUAAAAACUGGGAGAUGGCCUACACAGAAACCGGCAUGGUCUAUUUCAUAGAUCACAACAGCAAGACCACUACCUGGCUGGACCCCCGCCUCGCCAAGAAGGCAAAGCCUCCUGAGAAAUGCGAGGAAGGAGAGCUGCCCUACGGCUGGGAGAAGAUUGAGGACCCACAGUAUGGCACCUACUACGUGGACCACAUCAACCAGAAGACCCAGUUUGAGAAUCCAGUGCAGGAGGCGAAGAGGAAACUGAGCGUCGACACGUCUACUGUAGGGCUGCCACCUGUAGCCACACCCUCAGCAGACGAGCCUGGCAAGGGAGUGCGGGGCUUCACGCGAGAUCCGACUCAGCUGCAGGGCUCCAUGCUGCAGACAGCACUCAGAAAAAGCCCCCAGGGUUUUGGGUUCACCAUCAUCGGAGGAGACCGACCAGACGAGUUCCUCCAGGUCAAAAAUGUACUUCCGGAUGGGCCUGCUGCGCAUGACAACAAGAUCGCCUCAGGUGACGUGAUCGUGGACAUCAACGGGGCGUGUGUGCUGGGGAAGACUCACGCUGAUGUGGUGCAGAUGUUCCAGUCCAUCCCCAUCAACCAGUACGUGGACAUGGUCCUGUGCCGCGGCUACCCGCUGCCUGAGGACUCCAGCAGCAGUGAGGAGGCCUCAGGAGGCCUCUCCACCUCCAAGGACACUUCCCCUUCCCCCUCCACCUCCACACCACAGGACCCGCACUACACAGUCCCAGAUGGAGGCACCCUCCCCAGGCAGACCGCUGCAGUACUGCCCAUGAUCAACGGAGGACGCCAUCACCACCAUUCUCACCAACACCACCACCACGUUCCUCACAUCCCCAACCAAGAAGGCCCCGAUCCCACUCUGUUGCAGCCGGAGCUUGUGAGCGUGCCCUUGGUGAAAGGUCCUGGAGGUUUCGGCUUCGCCAUUGCAGAUUGUCCCCUGGGUCAAAAGGUGAAGAUGAUCCUGGACGCCCAGUGGUGCCGCGGUCUGUUGAAGGGUGACGUCAUCAAGGAGAUCAACAGGCAGAAUGUCCAGACGUUGAGCCACUCCCAGGUGGUGGACAUCCUCAAAGACCUGCCUGUGGGCAGCGAGGUCAACGUGCUGGUGCUGAGAGGAGGUCAGACGUCUCCUGUGAAAUCUCUAAAACCAUGCACGGCUCCCAUGUCCCAAGCCAUAACCCAGCCAACUCCUCAACCGGCUCCUCAUCCCACCCCCCAGCAGCUGCCCCAUCCACUCUCUCAGCCCAUCACACAGCCGCAGCGACAGGAGAUGAUUAACAGCACAGAGGCCCUCGGUCAGCCCGACGUGGCCCCCAACCCGCUCCCUUUCCCUACCAACACGCUGCGCUCGUCUUCACCCAAACCGGACGCGUCUGAGCUCUACCUCAAGUCCAAGGCUUUGUUGGACAGCAAGCCUCCUAACACAAAGGACCUGGAUGUGUUCAUCAAAAGGAACCAGGAGUCGGGCUUUGGCUUCAGAGUCCUCGGAGGCGAGGGGCCGGAUCAGCCGGUGUACAUCGGCGCCAUCGUGCCGCUCGGUGCAGCCGAGAAGGACGGGCGCCUGCGGGCAGGGGAUGAGCUGCUGUGUAUAGACGGCGUGCCAGUUAAGGGCAAAUCCCACAAACAAGUGCUGGAGCUGAUGACCAACGCCGCCCGCAUGGGCCAAGUCAUGCUCACAGUCCGCAGGAAACUGACACACUCAGAUGGUGAAGAGGAGGAGAGCGGUCAGCAGCCGCAGCAGGUAGCGUCCGCCCUGGUCAACAGCUCUCCUAAGAUGUCUCGUGGCGAGGCUCAGAACGCCGUCCAGCCCGCUCAGCCCUCUCGGCCAGAGUGCUUUGAUGUCACACUGCAGCGCAAAGACAACGAAGGCUUCGGCUUCGUCAUCCUCACGUCAAAGAACAAGCCCCCGCCUGGAGUUAUACCUCACAAGAUCGGCCGAAUCAUCGAGGGCAGCCCUACAGACCAAAUAGGUCAGAUGAAAGUGGGGGACCGAAUCUCUGCUGUUAACGGCCUGUCCAUCAUGGAGCUGUCCCACAACGAUAUCGUCCAGCUCAUCAAGGACGCCGGCAAUUCUGUCACUCUCACAGUUGUGCCUGAAGAUGACAGCGCUCCUCCAUCUGGAACAAAUUCAGCCAAGCAGAGCCCUUCAGCACAACACAGAGCUAUGGGCCAACAGCCUCCCAGCUAUCCAGACAGGAACGGUGACACUGACGUGAGGAACUCUUUCCCACCAAGAGAGAUGGGAGCACUCAUCACUUCGGGCCCUAAGCAGGGCUGUUUUGUGGUGGAGCUGGACCGCAGCCAGCGUGGCUUUGGCUUCAGUCUGAGAGGAGGGAAGGAGUACAACAUGGGCCUGUUCAUCCUGCGACUGGCUGAGGACGGACCUGCUCUCAAAGACGGCAGGAUACAUGUCGGAGAUCAGAUCGUGGAGAUCAACGGCGAGGCCACCCAGGGCAUCACGCACACUCGGGCUAUUGAGCUGAUCCAAGCAGGAGGCAGCAAAGUUCACCUGCUGCUUCGACCUGGCCAGGGUUUGGUCCCAGAUCACAGUUCAAAGGACAAAGUAACCAUUCCAACCUCAAGCUUCCCCAGACUUUCUGUAUCUGACGGGCAGUCAUCUCCGGCCUCUCCAUCCUCCGUCUCCCUCUCUACCUCUGAACUGUCCCCAUCUUCACCCAAAACAACCGCCCCUGAUGAGUUCUCCAGGGGGGAUCCCAGAGCAUCUGGGUCCCCUGGCGCUGGGCAGGAGCAUGGUAGGCAGGCUAACCGAUCAAGAGGACAACAGCCGUCUCACCACAACCAUAAGCGUACCACCAGCCCCAGCACCCAGACCAGAAAAACGAGCAGGAGUAACUCCAAGUCCGCUAGCCCGAUGAGAGCCACUGAUGGCUGGGCAGAUCACGGAGAGCGCUCUCAGAGCCCCAGAAACGAGCGAGGCCACAGUGGAUCCCUGGAGGACAUGAGGAAAGACAGAAAAGCCCAAGGGCAGAGAGACCACCACUCUUCUAGCCCCAGGAAGGGCUCUAAGAGAGAACAUGACCCAGCUGUGCCUUUGAAGAACCUGGAGGAGCCCCAGAGCCCCCGGCGUCCAGCUGGCCAACAGCCUAGCACUGCCUCUGGAGAAAGGAAGGACUGGAGGUACAAGGAGGAGGAAGCAGCCUACUGGCAGGAGAGGGGGGCUCCAGAGAGUGGAGACAAAAGCACGGGGACCAGCGAACGCCACAAGAAGGGCAAAAGGGCUGAGCAAGAGGCAGCGGCACAGAAACCCCAAACGCACAGGGAGAGGGCAGGGUCAGAUGUUGAUAGCGGCACCCUGACCCGGAGAAGCGGAAGAGAGAGGGGGGAUAAGGAAUAUCGGGAAGAGGUGAACAAGAAGGAUCCCAGAGGUUCAAGCAGUAGCAUCCAGGACCCCAGCUGCAACGGGAGCACCACCAGCAAGAAGGCUCCCAUCACCCCUGGUCCAUGGAAAGUUCCCAGUUCUGCCAAGAUCCAGUCGCAGGUGGAGACAACGUUUGCAGAUGUCUGAUACUCCCAGGAUUCUUAAAAAAAGCUGAGCCUCUAAAAGAUGGACAUUCACAAUGGAAGGAUUUUUAUUUCUAGCAAACUCGGACAAAGCAGAUCACUGUGUAACCAGCAACAUAGCUUCUCAUUGCUUUAUUUUUUUUCACCCAGUUUGCCUCGGUCAGUUUGCAUCAAGCUGCUGAUGUCUGAUACAUGAGUAUUAGUACUGUGCGACGAUAUGUGUAACAGGUUGGUUCUGAGUGUCUUUUUUGUUGUUGUUGUUGUUGUGUUUUUUGGGAUGCGACACUGAAGUCUUUUUGUGCCAAUCAGACUCCGGUUAUAAAGAAGCUGCUCCGUAUUGCACUCACUGUGAGAUGAACUGCGCUCCCUGUCUACCCGCCUCGAUGAAGGAUUCGGCUUUUUUUUGUGUCACUUUGAAGGUUUAAGAUACAUUCAUGCCGUCACUCAGCUUUUCUUCCCCCCCCCCCCCCCCGGCGAGAUUGAUUCACAGUUGCUGUCACUGGUGGAUGGACUCAAAAGUGGCUGCAAAGCGUGACACUUACUGUCUUUUUUUUUUUUUUUGACGCAAACUGUUCGGGUGACUGCAUUCAUGCACAUGAGAAGACUCUUUCAUCCCAUUAGCUUACCAGAGGGUGGACGGACCACCUGGGAGCUUUAUAUGCAUCAAUCAGCAGACCAGAUACUUGUGGUUAUAAUGUUUGUUACAUGUGUGUUAAUAAUAAAGCAUAAUGUAAUUUAUUGAAAUUAUAUGUAAACAAAAACUGUCAGUACACAUAUCCACGCUGAGUCACUUCACCUUCAAUGUGGGACUUAACGACAGAAAUAAAAUGUGUAGGCAAGCAUCACCAUCUGAGACAACAACACUAUGAAAAUCUAUACAUUCUAUUUCUACGACUUCACGGUCUGUAAAACAUGAAUCACGCGAGCCUGAUUCAUAAUGUCGUCUACUGUUUGCAGCUCUGUAUUUUACGUCCUCUCUGGCUGUGUGUGUAUGUAUACAAGCUGACUGGUAGGCCUGUGUAUUUUAGAUAAUCGCUGUAGCAUCGACUAUAAUCUGAGACAUAUAUUAUUUAACAAAGUGAUGACACGUAUAUCGACACAUAAUUUAGAUGAGUUGAAUUAACAGAGCUUGAUUGUAAGAAGUGAGAACUCUGCCUUCGACUUGUUAAGAGGUAUUUUUAUUAUCACAAAUGUAGGCACAAAAACAUUCUUCCUCAUUCUAACCUACAAAUCUAUUUUUGAUCCUUUUUUUUUAUAAUUUAGUACACGAUCCAUAAUGUGAGAAAAAAUCGUAUGUAAAUGCUUAAUUGUUCGUCUUUAACACCAUCAUGGCUGUCACGUUUGUGUUAUAAAUACACUCCCUGAGAAUGCAGUUAAUUUUCCACACAUGGAGGGAACGUCAUCACAAUACGCUCCCCUCUUUGGGAGUUUUAUUUGAAUUUAAUCUAUAAUCAGAUUUAAUCAAACAGGGAUUAAAGUACCAGAUGGAAAAAUAUAUCUAUUUUUAAUUUAUUGAUAUGAGUUGUGCCCUGCUCUGGAGACAAAAUCUAGUGUUGUCUUAAUGUAGCUUCUGUGGAGUACAGAGACAUCUAGUGGUUCAUGCACUACUCUUCACAAACUGCUUCAAGCGUCCCCUCAUCAGCCUGUUGAAGGAAGUAACACGUGCAUCUAUAUCGGUCUAUGAGACCACGUACUAAUUUAUUGUCCACUUUAUUGUUGAUAUGAUGGGCUACUGUAUUAUUUACUGUUCAUGCCAUUACCAUGUAUGAUACUGUGGCCUUGCAUCGCUCCAACAUAUAUAUAUAUAUAUUAAAAAAAAAAAAGAAAGUCUUUUAGUUUUGACAUCAUGGUAGUUGUAAAUGUUUAUAAAUUGUACAGCACCUGUAUAAAUCUUUGCCUUCAUGCAGGAAAAAAAAUCCUCUGUAAAUCGUUUCAUUAUUUUUUUAAGGGAGUCGCGAGGAAAUGAUAUAAAAUGGGUGAAAAGAAAUAAUCUGGUCAUGGCAUUCUGUUCAUGCACUGAUAAAUAAAGGUUUACUGAAUAAACGAGA